CCCCGGUGCCCCCCACCCCGCAGAGCUCCCUGCGGAGCUGCCAGCGCUGCAGUGCCCGGGAUGGCAGCGAGGUGACGGCGGCCGAGGAUGACCCUGACGGAGCGGCUGCGCCUCAGGAUCUCGGGGGCCUUCUACAGCCACGGGCUGCUCUGUGCCUCCUACCCCAUCCCCAUCAUCCUCUUCACUGCCCUCUGCAUCCUGGCCUGCUGCUCCCCCCUGCUGAAGCUGCCGCUGCCGGGGACGGGCCCGGUGGAGUUCAGCACGCCCGUCAAGGAUUACACCCCCCCUGCACCGGGCAGCGCCGUGCCAGCCGGGGAGCCUGCCGAGAGACCCGACUGGUACGUGGGUGCUCCCGUGGCCUACAUCCAGCAGAUCUUCGUGAAGGCCACCGUGUCCCCGUGGCAGAAGAACUUCUUGGCCGUGGAUGUGUUCCGCUCCCCGCUGGCCCGCGUCUUCCAGCUCGUGGAGGAGGUCAGGAACCACGCCCUGAGGGACAGUUCUGGAGUCAGGAGCUUGGAGGAGCUUUGCCUGCAGGUCACAGAUCUCCUGCCUGGCCUCAAGAAGCUGCGGAACCUGCUCCCAGAGCACGGCUGCCUGCUGCUGUCUCCAGGGAACUUCUGGCAGAACGACCGGGAGCGCUUCAAUGCCGACCCAGACAUCUUCAAAACCAUCCACCAGCAUGAGCCAAAGACCUUGCAGACGUCAGCCACCCUCAAAGGUGAG